AUUUAUUUAUUUCUAAGAGAAAACACAUCGGUUACACUCGCGAAUGAGGAAGUCCUGUAAUACAACGCAGCUGACCGGUUGCAUCCGCCGGAAACGCGUCACAGUUGCCACAUUUAUUUAGGUCCCGCUCUCUGGUGAAGUGUGCUGCUGCAGCCGGUGAUGACGAGCCGCCUCCCUUUCCACUCACAGCUCUCCUCCAUCAUGGAGACGAUGGCCAGGUCUGUCCUGAGUCAGGUCUGCAAACUGGUGGAUGAAGACUCGACCGAGCUCCGGCUGGAGCUGUCUCGGCUCAUGGCUGCUAAUUCAGCCCUGACUGAGAAAGUAAACACUCUGCAGUGCGAGCUGACAGUUGCCCCCAAGUUGUGUAAAAGUUAUCACAGUGUAGGUGUACAAGCUGCCUGCGACAGGGACGGGGAUGCUCAUGACCUUUCUUCAGUGUCUGGUUCUCCCACCAUAGAGGGGAUCUUUGGAAAAGAUUGGUGUAUGAAUCUGUGGAAAGACAGAGACCCAUACUGCAUGGAGAGUGUCCCAGACUCACCACUCUCAUCUGAGAAAGUUUUGUCCAACCACCAGUCUAAACUCAAAAUACAUUUGCAGCAAAUCACCACCGCAUUUGAGAAGCUGUAUCCAGAGAAGUCUGUAGUGACGCUGUCUGACCAAAUUACUGUGACCGAGAUCAAAGAUGAGGAUUACGUGGAGGAUGCCGCGGGCAGCGGCCACCGGGAAACACUUAAUACAGAAGAACACGAUAAAAGCAUGGCUGAGGAAGCAGAGCAGCUGUCUGUCGAUUUCUCAGCUGAUGGCAGUGCUUGCAGCUUGUCAUGUGAUCAGGACAGAGAAGAAGCUGUGUCUGCAGGUAGUAUUGAAGAACCACCCAUGCAGCUGAUAUCCAUCAAUGACACAGAGGAGGCCUUCAGCACUCAUAUUAUUCCAAUCGAAGAGGAUGAUGAUGAUGAGGAGGAUGACGAUGUACAGUUUGUUGAAGAAAGUCAGCAGGAGCCAACAAUGAAUGCUGCAGGUGGGCCCAGCCACAACAAGCAGCAAACAUUAAUUUCUAACAACUCUGAAAACAGCUCUGCUCUGGAUAAAGAUUCACAUGAUGACUGUAAUACACGUAAUGUUCCAACCACCAGGCAUCCAAACAGAGACAAAUUUACUUGUCGAAUAUGUAGCAGAACAUUCUUCCACAAGGGCACUCUAACACACCACAUGAAGUCGCACAAGUCAAACUUUUGCAAUAUUUGCAAGCAGCAUUUCCCUCACAGGAACAAGUUAAACUCGCACACCUGUGUGCCUCCGGUUCCCGCUCAGAGAGUCAGUAAGUCGUGUGAGCUGUGCGGGAAGACCUUUGCAAACCCAUCGGCUCUGAGGAUUCACUACGUUGUCCACACAGGAGAGAAACCCUACAGAUGCAGCUUGUGUGGGAAAGGGUUCACCCAGAAAGGCAAUCUGAAAUGUCACCUACGCAUCCAUACUGGAGAGAGACCCUUCUCCUGUGUUAGAUGUGGGAAGACAUUCACGCAAAAGGUCAACCUCAAUCAUCAUUUAAUGGCACACAGAAAUCAAGAGUUUGUGAGAGAAAAGCCUAGAGCUACGAGGCAUCUUAAAAACUUAAUGGAUAAAAAAUGUCAGUGACUGACUGUGGUAUAAGGUUAGUAUCUGUCUUAUCUGAAUGCAUCUUCUAGUACAUUAGUGUAAGGACAGUUAAUGUCAUGUUUGUACUCUCUGUAGUAUUGUGCCUAAAAGAUCAGGAGUGUGGAGCAAAAUGUCCUGUUUUUGUCAAGUUGUUUUUUAUUUAAUUAGUGAGUACUUCAGUGUUUGUUCUUUUGGUCUUUCCAAUAAAACAGUCAUGAAUGUUCA